AUGAUGCCAGCUCUGGUGAUGACGUCCAAGGACCUGACAACGUAUCUGAGCACUCGGAAGCAGCUGGCUCAACGGCCUCGUCGGAGAGUGAUAGCUCGAGCAGUGACAGUUCAAGCUGUUCUAGUAGUGAUUCGAGCUCUAGUGAUGGACGUAAGAAGAAAACGAGACGUUCCAGUAAGAAGAAGAGCUACAAGAAGAAGCGCGAUGAGCGACUCUGCCGAGAUAGCCCUAAUCUCGAGGUUCCCAAACUCACUGGUGCAGAUGACUAUGAGUUAUGGAGAACUAUGA